GCAAAAAAUUACUACAAUACAGAUUUUGGGUGUCAUCCAGUACAAGUAUAUAUAAUCUAAAGAAGGCUUGGUACAUACAUAGGCCUUACAGUUGUGGUUCUUUUGCUCUACAUAGCGGCGAAUAGCGAAAACAUGGAAGGAAUAAGCGAGGGAAUUGAAAACAUAAGUUUGAAUGAGACCCAGUUGAAGAGGAACAGGAUCCAGGUUUCCAAUACAAAGAAACCCCUCUUCUUCUAUGUAAAUCUUUCCAAGAGAUAUUUGCAACAGCAUGAAGAAGUAGAACUUUCUGGUCUCGGAAUGGCCAUUGCAACGGUUGUUACUGUAGCUGAAAUAUUGAAGAAUAAUGGAUUUGCAGUGGAGAAAAAAAUCUUUACAUCUACAAUUGACAUGAAGGAAGAGACAAGGGGUAGGGCAAUUCAGAAGGCGAAGGUCGAAAUAAUAUUGGUGAAGUCAAGUAACUUUGACGAGCUGAUGGCUUCUGCUGCUGCGGAAAAAGAACUUGUUGAUGUAGAUGAAAACAGUUAGGUGUCAGAUGCUUAACUUAGCAAGAGAAAAGUUCAAGCAGAUUAAAUAUUGAUAUUGUGGACUGCUAAGAUUUGUAAAAUGAGAGCUGAGCACCUCCCAUUUAGCAUUAUCCAGGACUGCAGCAGGCUUUAGGACUGCAAUAUUAUAGUUAUUCUGUUGGCUUUGGCAUUCUUUCUUUAGUUGUAUAUUUUGAGAUCGUAAAUAGUUCGAAAAUUGGCUGAGAACUUCAUAAAUUUGUAAAGUGUCAUCAAUUUGCAGUGUAAAAUUUGUUGUUUUGAAUACAAGGUUUUGCGAUUCAAUGCCCUUAUAUCAA